CUUCGAAAACCAUGAUUGCGAAUGGACAAACCAAGUGGCGCCAUCGCUCCCUGUUCACUUUCCUCCUGCUGGCGAUGUGCCUUUGCCAAGGAUCUGGAUUAGCCUUUGCCCAACUCGAAGGACGCGUGGUGGGAGGAAAAGCGGCGGCGGCCAAUAGUGCUCCGUUUAUAGUGUCAAUGCAGUACGGAGGAACCCACUAUUGCGCAGCUAACAUUGUGAAUUCCAACUGGUUGGUAACGGCUGCUCACUGCCUGGCCAACAAGAAUCAAGUACUUGGAAGCACCUUGGUGGCAGGAAGCAUUGCGGUGGCCGGAACAGCGAGCACCACCCAGAAGAGGCAAGUCACCCACUAUGUGGUCAAUGAUCUGUACACCGGUGGAACUGUGCCCUAUGACAUUGGAUUGAUUUACACGCCCACCGCCUUCACUUGGACCGCUGCCGUGGCUCCUGUGAAGCUGCCAUCGUCCGGAGUGAGGCCAACUGGAAACGCUGACCUCUUCGGCUGGGGCAGCACCAGCAAAACGAAUAGCCCCUCCUAUCCAAAGACCCUCCAGGAGGCCAAGAACAUACCCAUCAUCAGCCUCGACUCCUGUGCUGCGGCACUGGGCACUAAGGGUCGGGAUGUGCACACCACAAAUCUCUGCACAGGUCCCCUCACCGGCGGCACCAGCUUUUGCACCUCGGACUCCGGUGGUCCGCUGGUCCAGGGAAAUGUCCUAAUCGGCAUCGUGUCUUGGGGAAAACUACCAUGCGGUCAGCCCAACUCUCCGUCUGUUUAUGUCCAGGUGUCCUCGUUCAUAUCCUGGAUAGCAGCCAACCAAAAGAUAUGAUUUUGCAGUUUUAGAUAGUGUCUAAAUAAAGAGAUA